AUGCAGUUGAGGGUGUCACCAAGAAAUAUUCUGUCCAGGAAAGAGAGGCGAAUCGUUUGGAUUCGGUGCCCGAUGCUGCUGGCAUUGGGGCUGCUUCUGGUACUGUCGGACGCCGGGGCUCUUCAUCAGGAAUCGAACGUUCUGCCGUACAAGAACAGCUCGUUAGAAUUCGCCAGGACCACGCGGGGCCGCGGUAUUUCGGUCACCAGGAUCCUCCAGGACGGCGAACUCGAGCGGGUCGUCCGCUGGCAUGGGAUCUGCGCCAAAGAAACCGUCGUCAAUUGGGGAGAUACGGACGUAGCACUGAGGCAAGUCUGGCUACAGGAGACCGGCAGAAAGUUGCAACUCAUAUACGAGGGCGGCACGCUGACCGACUGCGUCGACGAGAAGCUCGCCGACGGGGACGAGAGGUCUUGCUCGUCGAGCCGCCACUCGGACGAUUACGAUGUCCAGGCGUCUAUCGAGGUGUUCGAAGUGGACGACGACGAGGACGCGUCGAGGAUCCCUCGGGACCUCUCCUGGCUCUCCUCCGCGUCUGACUUGCGCCAUCGGUGCUCUCGCGUGAGAACGAGAGCGAGGAAUCAAAUCAUCGCUCAGCAUCGUCGCAGGAAAUUCGCCAAGCUUCUGAACGCGACGAGCAGCAGUCACAAGCAGAGGAGGGGCAAAAGUCGGUCACGGAGGGACUUGUUGAUGAUCCCAGGUACACAAUGGUGCGGACGCGGUCAUCGUGCAACCAAAUAUACGAAUCUGGGCGGUUUCGGUACAGCGGACGCCUGUUGUCGCAGACACGACACCUCGUGCCCCUUCUUCAUACCAGCUUUCGAGACGAAUUACGGCCUCUUCAACUGGGGCAUCUCGAGCAUGAUGCACUGCGCCUGCGACGAACGUUUCCGGACGUGCCUGAAGAUGGCGGGGACUGCAUCCGCGAACUUCAUCGGGAAGAUCUUCUUCGAUGUACUACGAACGAAGUGUUUCGUCCUGAAACCGCAGAAAGUCUGUGUAAAAUGGUCGUGGACGAGCAAGUGUCAACGUCACGAGUACCGGAAGCAAGCACACGUUCGUGAUAAUGUUCCUUAUUAAGCCUUUACCCAAACAUGCAAGAAUCGUGACAAAGAAAAAGGCGGGAGACGUUCUUCUUCUAGAGAUGUUAAUACCAAUUCUCAGGGAUGCGAUAUUUUGUCGAGUACUCAUCUAUACCCGACAGAGGGAUGUGCUCGGUGAAAAGGAUCGAAGAAGAAAAUUGAUUCUUGUCAAAUGAUUACCGUCUGAUUUCACGAAUGACAAUACAUAGCGAUCGUAAUAGGAGAAAUGGUUGGAUUUAGGGAAUGUUGCGAGAUUUUCGAUAAUUUUCAGAUUCAGUUUCGAUUAGUAACGGGUGUCAUUAAAUGGCUCCUCGUUAAAAGUAUGGACAGUUUAACGUGUAACGAAAUUUACAUAUCUA